UGGGACCAUCAUGUUACUCUCUUCAAACCAUCGUCUACUACACUGCUCUCAUCACCCCACUGGGGAUCAUCGACACAGCUCAGCUUCCAGAAUGAGUGAAAGUAAACAGACAACUAAGAAGAAGGACAUUGUGACCUCUUGUGGACAAUCAGAGCCUUACACCUGAGAACGAAGGAGAAGGCCCAUCCAAAGGAAAAGGCCCAAUCGAACCCUUUCCACUAAGGGUCCAACAGAGAUACAAGACGAAGACCUUCAACACCCGACACAAAUGAGAGUCCCUUAAACGCUCCAGGAGCAGGAAGGAGAUAAAUAGUGGAGAUGAUGGUGUUGCCUGUGUGGGGCCUCACACUCCCUCUUCCCGCUGUACUGAUGAUUGUUGUUGGUCUUUACAUUAUUUUCCUUGCAAUGGCGUUAUGGUUCCACCAAUGCCUCAAGGAACAGUGUUGUCCUGAGUGUGGUGACUGCUGUCCAAAUAUCGCCCCAUUCGAUUACUGUUUAGCAUGUGCAGAGUCGUGCAACUGUCGCCUGCCAUCACUGCGCUCGUGCCUUGACCAGACCUGCCCCUCAACCUGCCCCUCUCUUCCUAAUUGUAACAUGUGGGACCGUGCUUGCACCUGCCAACCCCCAGAAUCUGAGUCCUUCAACUGCCUCUGCUUCGAGAUCAAGUUCAGAUAGAGGGAGAAACGGAGGAGCGGUAGGAUUGAAUGAUGAAUCCUAACUCAAGACGCACAGCAUGUUUACAUAUUCACACCUUGAUGUUAAUGGACAAUUUGUGCAAAAUUAAGGAGUUAUCCGUUCAUCCCUAGAGAAAUGGAAAGGGAAGACAGGAUGGGUUACUGUAUGUAUGUACCAAUAUGAAAAUACAAUCUGAAUCCUUUUAACACACAGCCUUAAAGUCAAAGGCUAGUUUAUGGAUAGUUGUGCCAUAUGUGUCCAAGAGAGAACAACAUUAUUAGAGUGCUAUUACAAUAUAGGGCAUCUACUUAGGUACAAUUCUGUGCCUCUGCAGCAAUCAAACACACUGAGUGUACAAAACAUUAAGCACACCUGCCUAAUAUCGAGUUGCACCCCGAGUUGUUCCUUAAUUAAUUCAUCAGUUAUUUUUAUCACAUUUACACUCAUGUUUUUACACAAUACAUAUGUAUAUACUGUAGCUUUGACGCUGUGGACUUGUACUUUUUAAGCUAUUGACCAAUAUAAAUUAUAGAUGACUAUUUUUAAACUUCUUAUCAAUGGCCUGUAUAUCUCAUUGUUGGAGAUUUGACAAAUGUGUGCUUUAGAAAAGAAAAUCCACGGAAAGGAAUAAACCUUUUUUUCCUGAUGA